AUGCCCUAGCUAAUUGAAGCAGCUCACAGGGUAGGUGUUUAUAUUAAAUACACAACCAAAACUUCUAAGGAACAUGUGCUUGUUACUCUUAGUGAUUUUCUUGCAACAUAGCAAGGCAAAGAUACUUCAUUUAUUAAAUGGCCAAUUCAAAAAUAGAGUUAGUUUAUUUGUCUUGAAGAUGAAGAAGAUUAAAAGUAAAAUUAAGAUGACGAUGACUUGGGAGAUUUAUCAUUUGCUAAACCUGGCUAAAAUAACCAUACCAAUUAAAACAAUACUAAAAGUCUUGAAAAUCAAUACAGAUAAUUGAACUUGAUUCAAUAAAUUGAGCAGCAUCAAGUCUAAAUGGAUAAUUAAGAUAACUAUUAUUAACAGUCUGACUUUUAAAAUUAAGUAUAAAUUUCAGACUACAUGAAUGAUGAUGAAAAAAAGAAAUAAUAAGAAAUGAAGCAAUAUGAGAAGUAACUACAAAAAUUAGUACUUUAAGAGAAAUAAUCAAAGUAUAAAAUCUCGGAGGACUUUAAAGAUAGAUUGCAUCAAAUUACUUUAAAUGAUAUAAUAUAAGACAUGUAUACUCCAACUAUUGCAGACCAUAACGAUGACUUGCCUGAGAUUUAAUGCAUCUGCUGGGUAGAUAAAUAUAGACAAGAUAGAACCACUUUGAUUUAAUGUUCUAAGUGCUAGAGUAAAUAGCAUCUUAAGUGUAAAACUGUUGGAAAUAAUGCAAUGAAGUAGAAAUUGAUGAUGUUUUGCAAAAAGGAGUUCGAUAUACCUCAUGAGUUUGAAAGAUAUUUGCUCUUAAAGCAUGAAGUUUUGUUUCUUGAAGUUAGGUGUGUGCGAUUAGAUGGGUUUAAAACAUUAGAAGAGGCAAAGAGUGGGAACUUUAAAUAGCAAUGGCCCAAUAGAGGAUGGUUUAGUUUUAACUAUAGAAGAGGCAGGGAAUUUGUUUUGCCUAAGUAAAUGAAUACUUAGCUUAAUCCAACAGACAAUAUUACUUUAGCAGGUAUAGGUCUUGAAAGGGAAAUUAGAGAUGAAGAGAUCUUUGACGUUUCUGCUUAUCUCAAGGAAGGGUCUAAUUUUAUAGAGAUUUGUAAAUUUGAUGAUUGCCAUACAUAUUCUUGCGCUCUCUAUCUAACUAAACUUAUUAAUAUUUUUGACAUUUCUAGAUAUAUCAGAACAAAUAAAGUAGACUCAAUAUUCAGUAGCUAUGAAAAGGUAAAGUUAAGAGUGGCAUAGAACAAGUAUUUUUCAAAGGAACGUAUAAAUUUAAGAUGUCCAAUAACACAAUCAAGGCUAAAACUGCCGGCUAGAGGUGAGAAGUGUAAUCAUCUUUCAUGCUUUGAGGCAGAGAGUUUUUAUUGGAUAAACUCGAAAUGCAAGAAAUGGAUAUGCCCAAUUUGCUGUAAACCAACUUAUGAGCUAACAGUAGAUAAGUUUAUGAUUAUGAUUCUAGAGAAAGCAAAUCUUAUAUAUCCUUUGGAGUUUAACCUGAUUAAUUUGCCAAGGCCAGAAGUCAUUAAAGUCCUUCAGAGAGAAAUAAACAUUGGAAGUUAAGAAGAUAGAGUUAUUGAUAGCAAUGAUAUCGAGUUUUGUGAGCUCAAUCCAGAUCUCUCAGUGAGUAUCGGAGUGAGACAAUAUAUUUUAAAUGAUAAGAUUGAACCAAAUAAAAUGAUAGAGGUAAAGAAUGAUGAUCCUUAAUCUAUGAGUCUAUCUUUUGAAAACUUGGACAUGAUUGCUUAGUUGAGAAAAGACUUCAAGAAAACUAAAAAGAAAGAGUAACACCUGGUAGAUGUAGCUAAAUAUUACACUAUCAUUGAAUCCUCAGCUAGCUCUUAAAGGAAUCAAAUUAAUAAUAUCGAUGAUGAUGAGAUCAUGGAAAUAUAAGUAAACAAUCCUGAAUAGCAGCAAAGUAUGACUCGAGCUGAAAGAAGAAAAUAGAGAAGGUAGUAAUAGAGAUAGCAAUAGAAUUAGACAGUAUAUAGUACGAGUUAGAAUAAUUUCAUUGAUAUUUUAGAUUGA